AUGGAUCGCCCGGAGCCGGGCCUGGUCAAGUGGUCGCCGAACCCGGACCACGAGAGCUUCAUCCACAUCAACCUCCAGCACCGCGUCGUCCAGCUCUACAAGCCCACAGGCUACGCCCGCCAUGGCAAAUUCAGCUACGACCACCUAUCCAAGCAUGACGACUUCCCCCGCUCACCACCUUUGACUGGAUGUGUCCCCUUUGCCGAGUCGUUGAUCCGUCUCGAGCCGAGUGUGUCGGUAUCUAGCAUCCGUUUCUUUGAGGACAGCCCUCAAACGCUUGUUGUGGGUAUCAAGGCGCAGGGACUGCGCAUCCACGACCUUCGUGCCCGGCAUCAUGAUUUGGGAUCGCCGGGCAACCGGCCGGCCCGUCUCCUCCCGUCCUAUCUCCAGGCCGUCGACGAGGACGAUGUUCCCUGGGGAAGCGCGCUGCAGCUCAACCAAGUCAUAGAGAUGGAAGCCCAACCCUCGAUGAGCGAUAGCAAGCACUCCUUCAUCCGGUCGCUUCGAUACUGCCGCGACCAGCGGGGCCUCCUCGCCGUGCUAUCCCGCACCGGCCAGGUCAAGGUCCUCAAGACAAACAAGGAAAUCACUACCCCGGACCCCGAGUUUAACAACUCACCCGAGCUCCUCUCCCUCCACAGGUCCCACGAAAUGGACAUACUCAACUCCUCGUCAACGCGCAAGAGCGAUAGAAUUGUCUCGUGUGACUGGAUCACCGUUGGCUCACCCGUUCUGCGGCCUCGUCUGCUCGUACUCCGGGCCAACGGCUCGUUUGAUAUUCUCGAACAGCCGUCCUAUACGUCGGACUACGUGUAUAAACUGACGCCGUGGCAGGCUCCCCAUCGCGGCCUCCAAGUCGCCCGAUAUAUUGGGCCCCUCCUAGUAGACCAGGCCCUCAGUGACGUGCCCAUAUUUGGCGACGACAGGGUCGAUCUCGCCGCCGUGGUAGAGCAAGCCACCAACUCCCAAGCCUCCGACGUGGGUCUGCUUGUGGAUUUGGAAGCCUCUGGGGAUGCGCUUCCCGAAUCCUUCACCAAGGCGUCCACCACCGCGGAGAAGCUGCGCUCCCUCCGAGCGCACGUCAAGGACAGGUCCAAGCCCGCACCGAACAAAUCCAACGACAGGCUAGUUGAUGCCACGUCGAACCUCUCCCUAUCCGCCACAGGUCCCCUACUAAUCGGCCUACCGUCGGAAGCCCGGGUCGUCAUUGAUCACACGAUGCUCUUACGCGCAAAGGAGAAGUAUGCUUUGGACCCUGCGAUCAACAAGGCCGUCGUAGGUGAUGACCCCUGGGUCAGGUACUUGUGGCUCUGGAUAUCCGAUGCGGAAGCGGCGGCUGAAGAAGGCAGAAUGAUGUCAAAUCCGUUGGAUCUAAGCUAUCUCGGCGUGGCCACCGUUUGGAUGAAUGACCUCGGCCGAAAGCCUUCUACGCGUCUAUUGGAUGGUGCCGCGCCGCCUGAUGCUAUGGUUUGGGAAAGCUGCCUGGAAUCUAUUUGCCAGAAGCGGCGGAUACCCGAAUACGAAGGUAAAGUGGAAACAAAGAAGCCGUUCCACCGGCAGAUUUGCCUCGAUAUCUGCACGUGGGGCAUGUACGAGGACAACGAGAGCGGCAACCUCUUGGAGCCGGCGCCCGAGUACCCGACGACGGUGCACACGAUGGCGACGGCCAAGGCCCUGUUCCGGGGCAACACGAAGCAGGCGAUUCGGAUCCUCAAGAAGGCGAGCGGCAAGCAUCCGGAGCUGCUCUUCGUCUCCCUCGCGCUGCAACUCGUCGGCAAGGGAGACCGCGAGCUCGCCAAGGAGCACCUCGACUUUGACGAGGCGUCGCUCCCGCUUCCGGACCGGGCCUACGUGGCGGUGCGCAACCUCUCGGAUGACCAGCUCACCGCCUGGCUGCGGGAGCAGGUGGACGCGGCAGUCGACGGCGGCGACGUCGAGGCCGUGGUGCUAACGGGCCUCUCGGAGCGCCUCGUCGACGUCUUUGCCCGCUUCAUUGAAAAGUUCAACGACUUCCAGACCGCCACCCUCGCCCUGUCCAUCUGCGCGCCCCGCUACGUGGACGACUACCGCUGCCUCGCCUGGCGCAACGCCUACCGCGCCUACCUCCAGCGCCACAAGGCCUAUCUCGAGCGUACAAAGUUCGAGGUCGAGAGCACCAAGCGCAGCAAGCGUGCCGGCCGCCCCACCGUCAAGCCCCCGGCUCGCCAAAUCGCCCUCCGCUGCGUCUACUGCGACGCCGAGACCAGCCUCGCCCGCCUCGACAGCGGCAGCGGCGGUGCCGCGCAACCCCUCAUGGCCACGAGCGUCAAUGCCGGCGUCAGCUGCCCCAGCUGCGGGCGCCACCUACCCCGCUGCGUCGUCUGCCUCGAGGUCGUCGGCGUGCCCCGCUCCGACCGGCCCGAGGUCAACCCGGACCCGGAGGUGCGCCUGGCCGCGCGUUUUCCUACGUUUUGCUUGCGCUGCGAGCACGUCUUGCACCUCGAUCACGCGCGGCAGUGGUUUGCGAGGCACGCCGAGUGUCCUGUGCCCGAGUGUAGGUGCAGGUGUAACUUUCGGGCGAACCCUGAACUCAACUAUCGCUGA